AUGGAUGUUGCGAGGUUAUCGAAUGAAGAAAAGCUGAAACUUAGCCGCAUCUACUUUUUCGCUGGAUUACCGUGUUUACCUUUCAUUUGGUGGAUUAACGUUUGCUGCUUUUACCGUGAACUUAACACUUCCAGCAUAUAUCCCGAACUUCGUUCGUUACAACGAUGUAAGCAUCCGAUUCCUCCGCUACUUUCAGCAGACGUUACUCUGAGUCUUAUUGGCGCCGUUUUGUGGACCGCUCUUCUUGGGGUCUGGUUGGCUGUGUACACCAAUCGGCGCAUUAGUUGGGGUGAAUUCGGUGACCGCAUAUCAUUCAACAUUCCUCCUGGACGCCUUUGA